AUGUUCAGAUCACAAGGAAUAAAAAGAUGGACGAUGAAGAGGUUUUUAUGUUUCUCCAUAGGGACAGCUAGUAUUAUUUACGCCCUACUCCUGAUAUUGAUGUCGAUUCUGAUGUUAACACACACAUCGCAUUACAAUGAAGCGUUGUUCAUAGUCAUGGCAAUUUUAAACUGCAUUUGCGCCCUUUUAAUAUUCAUUUCCGUUGCACACAAAAAUGCUUUUACAGCGUAUAUAGCAUAUAAUGUGGUGGUCAUAAAUUAUAUUGUGGAGGCAAUUGAGUGUUUAAUAUGCCUUUACAAUACCUGUACUUCACAUAGCGUCCAGUGGUAUUACGAUAACUUCGAUUGGCACAGAAAAAUAAUCUUUAAUUAUCUCAUAUAUUAUGGAAUAUUAGAAAUGAUUGUUCAUAUUUUUAUGUUUAUCAUGUCCUUCUUCGUUAUACAACUGCUUUGGAGUUUUUAUCGACUUUUGCAAGUAGGUGGAAAUAUUUUUUCCUUCCAGAGGGCCGAAGAUAUUGAAAAAAGUUUUCAUGGGACAUACUACUACUCCUACGGGACCAUUCCCCAUAUGCAACCUUACUGA